ACUCCAAAAGGAGCUUUGUAUUAUUUAAAGUUGUCCCUUUCUUGUGCUUUACUUUUAACACCAAAUAUAUUCAUCAUUGUCUCUCAAAUAAAAUCAAUGGGAAGAAAACCUUGUUGUAGUAAAGAAGGUUUGAAGAAAGGUGCAUGGACUGCAAAAGAAGAUAUGCUUCUUACUGAAUACAUUAAGGAACAUGGUGAAGGUACAGGAUGGAGAGCUCUUCCUAAGAAAGCUGGACUACUUAGAUGUGGCAAGAGUUGUAGAUUAAGAUGGGUGAAUUAUCUUAAGCCGGGGCUCAAGAGAGGGACCUUUACGCCUGAAGAAGACGAUCUUAUCGUCCGACUUUAUACUCUUUUGGGUAGUCGAUGGUCCCUCAUUGCCGGAAGAAUACCCGGUCGAACAGACAAUGACAUCAAAAAUUAUUGGAACACACAUCUUUUGAAGAAACUCAAAGCUCAAGGAAAUGAGCCAAGAAGACACAAAUCUAUUAGAAAAUCAAAGGAGAAAGAAAAAGCUUCUUCCCAAAAAAAACAAACAAGGAAUCAGAAAACAAAGGAGAGGAAAAAGAUGAGAAAGAUAGCUGAAAAUGAUAGCAAUAUUGAAGAGAGAGAACAGGUAGCUAAGAAGACAGAAGAGCAGCUACAGAUGCAGGAUUUUUCGCAAGCGGUGUCAGAAAAUAAUUACAAUUUUACUG